GAUAAUCAACGAAAUCGUAAGCAAAUUGCUGGUCGUACUUUGACAUUUUCAAUUAUUUUUAAUUAAAUCUAGAAGGAACACUUAUAAUUAAGUUGUUAACGAGGCUUCAUAGAAAAUGCUUUUAAAUAAUUCACUUUGUCUGCUGGUCUAUAGAGCUGGAUGUCAAGUGAUUUAAUUUCUUGAUUUGCAAACUUUUUAAGUUUUGUAGUCAAGAAGAUUAAUAUGGAAUCAAAGUAGAAUUUUUAAGGCUGUUUGUUUUAAUAUUCGACACUGGAUGCGCUUACAUGAUAAAAAGUAUCAACAAAGUACUGGAUUACUUGUACUGUAUUAAAGUCAGUUAUGCUCAUUUCGACACUUAACUUCCAUACAGCAUUUAAGUCCAAUUAUCGCUGAAAGUACGUAAUGACACGUGGCUAAUCCAUAGCGGAUUGAUGUAAUAUAAUCUAUUUAACAGCUGCAUCCUUAAGAAGUAAUCAAGUUCAUUCAUAAAAGGUAAUAAAAUUGAAAGUGCAUUGUUUCGCAAAUAAGUUUCUAUUGGACUAGAUACAUAAGGUUCGUUUUCUCACAGACAUAUUGUGGAAUUUUGCAAUUUACUGAUUAACUGAUAAGGUUCAGAUAGUCGAAAAAGAUGCAUAGAUCAAGGAAUAUUAUGUGCUAUAAAUUGGAAUAAAAACAUUCAAGAUCCAGUAAAAUUACAUCAAGAAAUCAGAAAAAAAUAGCAAUUAAGUUGGUUCCUAUGGACGUCAAUGAUGAGAAGCUCAGCUUAGAACGAAAAAUACGAAAGAAAAAUCUUGACAAGACUUAAAUAUUUUAUUAUAGUCUCAAAUCGCUAGAAAUGUCGUAAGAAGCGAGUGUAAAACACGCACAAGUGCUUCAAUUAUCGUUUUAGUUUAUUUUGGUGUUGUUUAAUGUGAAUGGCGAGCAAGUGAAAAUCGAAAUCAAGUGAAUCGUCAUUUUUUUGCUUAAAUUAAUAUAGGAAUAUAUCUCUUGGUUCUGUUUGUUUGUUCAAUUUCGCUGAAAUCUCAGUUAAUUGAAAGAGUAAAGCCAGAAAAAAAUAGAUAUUCAAGCAAGUGAUUCCAUCAAUUAUUUUGAUGAUACAGCAUAGAAUAAAAUAGAAAUAAGAAAUAUCAAGGAAUCAGAAAGAAUUAAAAUGUAUUUAAAAAGAAGUAUAAAAGUGCCACAAUUAAAAUUAAAUAAUUGUUUAUAUGCAAUAUAUUUUAUGUCUGCUUUCCUAACGAUUGGUCAAGUGCGAAGUGAUAGUAAUAGUGAAAAUUAUGCCAAUCACCUAAAGAAAAUGCCUUUGGCAGGCUCGGGACAUGGAGCCUCGAAUAGUAAUAAUAAUUUACAGAAACGUAGCUCGUAUGCUGUAAUAAGUCAAGCUAUGUCUGAAACUAUAAGUGACAAUGAAUUUAGUGGAAGUGCAGCUUCCGGUUCAUGUGCUGUAGAUGAUUUUGAUUGUACGAGCGACAGUGAUUAUAUGGGGUUGGAAGCAAUUCGUUCACUACAUAGGCAGCUUGAUGACGAUGACAACGGUGACAUUGAUUUAUCUGAGUCAGAUGAUUUCCUUCGAGAAGAAUUAAAAUACGAAGGGGGAUACGAAAAACGACAUAAAGCGUUUCACUUUAAUGACGACAUGCAUAUAUCAGUAAAAGAGUUGUGGGAGGCUUGGCUCAAGUCAGAAGUACACAAUUGGACGCUUGAUCAAACUUGCGAAUGGCUUAUUCAAAGCGUACAACUUCCACAAUAUGUUACAUUAUUUAAGAAACAUAAAGUCAGUGGAAAAGUUCUUCCACGACUCGCCGUUAAUAAUUUUCAUUUUGUUAGCAAUGUCUUAGGAAUUAAGGACCCCAUUCAUAAACAAAAAAUAGGACUUAAAGCAAUGGAUGCUGUUCUUUUUGGACCACCGAGAGAGACUGGAACGAAAUGGAAGGACAUAGUUUUAGUAGCACUUUUAUUGACAGCAAUUAUUGGCAGCUGGUAUGCUUAUCAACAAAAUAAGAAUGCUAAAGGACAUUUGAAGAGAAUGAUUCGUGACAUGGAACAAUUGCAUAAAGCAGAGAAGGAACUCUCAAAAAUGCAAACAGAGCUAGAACAUGCUCGUAUCGAGCAAGAAAAUGUCGGUAAGGAGAAAAUGGAUCUUGAGAGGAGACUAAAAGAAGCACCACUUAAAAAUUCCAAUUCUGAAAUGGAGUUACAGCAGUUAAAACAAGAAAUUGAACUUUUAAGGAAUGAACUAUCAAGAGCUGAAGUAGAACUUAUUGAUCAUCAUUGGACUCCACCGCCUCCAUUACAGAGCUGGCUUCAAUUAACAUAUGAACUUGAGACGAAGAAUCAUCAAAAGAAACGUGUUUCAGCAGAAAAUCAACUUAUGCAAGCUCGUGAAGCAUGCGAAAAAUUGAGGAAAAAGAGAUCGAGUUUUGUCGGUGCAUUUGUUUCAACGCAUGGCAGGAGCAUCGACGACGUUGAUAGAGCAAUUGUAGAAGCACGAAACUCACUUAGUGAAGUAACGAAUGAACUCCAAGAGAGACUACACCGUUGGAAGCAGAUUGAGACAAUUUUGGGAUGUAAUAUUGUAAAUAAUAACGGAAUAGCAUAUUUAGAAAAUAUGUUAUAUCGAUCAAAUGGCACAUCUAGUAAAUCAUCAAGAGGACGUAUCUCGAGUAGUCAAGAUGAUCUAGACGAUGAUUCAAUUCAAGGAUUCCUCACCGACGUCAAAUAUCUUCGAGAUCGCGAAGAGUCUUCAAGCGACGAUGACCAUGAUCGUGAAUCUGUAACUUUUAUUCUUGGUGGUACCUUUGAUGAAUCCCAUACAAGUCCACUUGUAUCUACUCCCGCAAUUCAAUCAGCCCUUAUUGCCACACCCUCAAAUUCACUUGUUCCAGUUACCUCUUCCGUAAAUACAAUUAAUGUAUUCAGGCAAUCACUUGCUAAUGUACCAAUAUUGGUGCAUCAAGGAAAUUCUGUUGAGAGUAAUAGCACAUCUAAUGAAGAAACUCGUUCAAAUGUGUCAUCGAGUUCUGAAAGAACUGCUUUUCCACCACCACCUCCACGAGCAAAAAAGCAAACUUCAUUACCGCCAAUCUCAUUGCAAUCAUCAUCAUCAUCCGUAUCAAAUAGAGCUCCAAUGCCUCCACCAAGAAAAAAUUAUCCAAAUCAGAACAUCAUCCAUAGUUCCAAAUCCAGCAGCAUCUUGGAGUCCAUGGGAUCCUCUGUUUCAUCAACAGAAGCUUUCCUUGAAGCAGUCCGCAACUACAGUUCAAUCUCCGAUAACAAACUACCUUCAAUCAAUGAUGACAACGUGUCCAACUCCUCCUCAGAAGACGUUACGAAGAAACGAAAGCGACGAUUAUUCCCGUUUGUCAAGAAGUCAAGUAAAAGCAAAACUAAAAGCUCAUGAAAGUUCAAAAAGUCUCACUGACGAGCAUCGAUGUGAAUUAGCAGAACAUAAGUAUUUUAGUAAUAGCCUCAACUGUUUAGAUACGAAAAAUUUCUAGCUCAAGAAAAUAAGAAGAAUAUAUUGAAAAAAUCUAUCUCGUCCGUUCCUCUAUUAACAUAUUUAUUUAUACCUUAAUGACAAAUGGUACUUAUACAUAAAUUGUAAUUAAAUUAAGGAAACCUUAAUGACAUCACAAAUAUUUUUUAAAUCUAUUUUCUUGCAUUUCAAUGGAACUAAUAUGAUUUUAUAUUCACUGGUUCUGGUUGCAUCCUUUCUUACUGGUCGGUUCGCAUUGAAAUGCUUCCUAGUCAUCAACAUGUGAUGACUAUUUUAAAAAUAAUAGUUUAUCCUAAGAUUUAACUGAUAAUGAUGACUGUUAAUUUAUAGUAGAUCUUCCGAACUUCUUCAAUGUGCACCGGUAAUAAUGAAACGUCUGUGCACAUGAAUCUAAUUAAUUAAUGCGAAAUUUGUGGGACUGAUUAAGAAAAAAAAAAUAUUAAGAAAUGUUGUUGAAAUUUUGCGAAACCUAAAUUCAAUGGCAUUUUAAUGCUCUUCCCCAAAAAAAAAUUAUUUCAAAUCUUUCGCUUUGAAUUCGAAUAUUUUUAAAUCUCAAUAAAAGAAUGAUGAAAAUCGAAUCGUAUUUACUCUUUUCUUUUUUGAUAUUAUGAAACUCGAUAUAAUGAUCCUCUUUUGUCCAAAACUCGUAUUACGAUUUAAUCCAAUUAUUAAUAUUUAAGCUUAUUUAUUUAUUUUCUAAUAAAGACGUGAGAUGAGAAAUUAUGUGAUUGAUGAUCCAAUUUUUAUUGAAAAGAAACUUUUUGACGAAAUUUUUGAAUUUUUAUUUUGCAAUAAAUUUUUAAUGUCAUCAUGUUGAAGAUUAACAUGUGUGUUGUAUCUAUGCAUUGAUACGACUUAAGAAUAUUAUGAAGAACAUAAGUGGAUCAUAAAUUAUAUCUGUGAAGGUUAAGUUUAUAAUGUUCAAUUAAAAAAUUCUAGUACCAAACAAACCAAUUCAUGUUUAUACCAAUUAAAAUCAUUCAAGGGUAUCUAGCCUCAUCAAGUGCAUAAUCAUAUUAUAAGUUAUGCAAACAAUCUUACUGUUGAGUUGGUAGAACAAAUUAUUGGUUUGAAUACGACGGACUUUUGUGACUUCAUGAAGCAAUUAAGUCAUCAAGCCUGAGUUUUCAACACCUUCCGUAAUUUUUUUUUAAAUACACUAGACAACAAUGAGUCAGUCUUCUUGUAUACACGUGCUGAUGGAAUUUUAAAGACUGAUGAAGUUUUAAAAUGUUUUGAGGGCGUGUAGCUUAAUGAUAAGAAUGUCUGUUUUUGUUACAGCUACACACAUGCUGUUUUUAUUUUAAAAACAAAUCUUCAGUACAUGUUAGAAGUCAUUAGAAUUUUAUAAACAUCAUAAACUUAUUAACAAAGCAGAGAUCAUCAAAUAAUCUAGCAAUAUCAGUAUCUUUAAUGAAGAUAAAAAUUUUAUUGUGAUAAAAAUGAAAAGAGGAUGUGAAUCAUUGGCAACAAAUAUUAAAAUAAAAAUCUAUAAAGUCAGAAGCGACCUUAUUAAUGUGAGGAAGUGUGGAAAUAAAUAAACUUAAUGCUAAAAUCUUUGAAUUAAAGAAAUUGUGGCAUUAACAGCCACAAAAAUUAAGUAUAAUCCCAAUUUUAAUGCUACCUAAUAAGUUUAAAUAGUCGAUAUUUAAAAAGACAACAACUAAGCAAAGUCAAGAGAAUAAAAUUUUUAAGCAUUAUGUUGAAAGACUUUAAGCAUGAUUAUCGAAAGUAUAUCAAGUAAUUUAAAUUAUUAUUGAUGAUUGCGAUAAGAAGAUAGUUAAUAUUUAACAAUAAAGUAUACAAGAAAAUUAAUUGAGUUGAAAGAAAAUGUGAUUUUUCAUGUCACUUCCAUUUCCAGUUCGAUGAUUAGGACGUAAGUAGCUUGGCAGUAAGUAUGACUAAUGUUUUAUGAUAGAUAAAUCUUUGGCCAGUUUAGGGAUCGUUUAUUUCUGAUGUUCAUCAAAUACAGGUUUGUUUAGAAUUAAAGUUGAACUUAUAAAGGCUAAAACAUCCAGCUAUUUAUGGAUAUCACUUAUGAAUGAUCCCA